AUGUGCUCGGGGCCGCACAUGACGGAGGCCUGCCUUGCGAAAUACAAGGCCGGCGAGAGCGUGACCGCCCUCUGCCCCAACUGCCGCCGACAUCACCACGCGUGGAGCCGGCGCUGCCCCUCCCGGUUGACAAUAGUGGACCGGGGAAUCCAGCGGCAGGAGUGCCGUGCGGCGCACAACCCCUCUCGGCCGGCGUGGACCGGGCGGUCCCGCUCGAGGUCCCAGCGUCAGCCCGCCCCACCCGGUCAGACAACGCUCGCCUCCCAGGAGCACUUCCCGGCCCUCCCACCACCGGGAGCAUCUCGCGGCAACGGUGCUCCGGCUGUGCCGCCGCCAGCCACGCCUCCUCCACCGCCCGCCACGGAAACAAACCCCGCCUCAACCUCAACACCUGCCCCGCCCCCACGCCCGGCAUCCGCCUCGGUCCCCUCCGCGCAGCGGGAGCAACGCACUCCCGCACUGCCUCCACCGGCCCUCCCCCAGCGCGUGAGGCGUCGGAGGAACCGCGGGCCGCGCCCCCCCUUGAGCGCGUCUGCUGCACCCCUGGUCCCUCCUCCCGGCCGUGUCCUGGUCACCAGGGCUGUGCUAGAGGGGAUGCUGGCGAGCUUCGCUCUGGCAUUAGCCGGCCUCCUACAGUUCACACCGGACGAGGCGGCGCUACAAGUCAUCGCGAAGGCGAAGGUGGAGGAGUGCUUCCCCACCGUCGACAGUCUGGCCGCGUCUCCCGCCACCCCGCUACAAACUCCAGUUGCUGCGCUUCCAACUGCGCAGACCCGGGCCCGCGAGGACGGUCCACCUCCCGCGGGGGAGGCCCAGCCAGCGCCGGCAACCCAGACCGCCAAGCCCCGCUCACACAUCCCAGUGCGGGCGGCUCCAACCCGCCCCCGUAUCCCGCAGCCCAAGCGAAUGGUGACUCCGAAGCGCCGGGGGCCGGCCCCCUCGCGAGCGACGGCCUCUGUGACCACCCCGGGGCCCUCCUCGGCGACCGGCCACUAA